CUUGACAUUCAUGACUUGAGACUUGACUCGGACUUGAGUUAAAUGACUUGAAAAAACUAUCUGUUUUUGAACACACCGCAACAUAACCACGUGAAGCAGCAGGCAAGCAGGGAGAGCUAUCAUGAGCUCUCUCAUGGACAGAGCAUGCAGUCGUGACUGAACAUGGAAGGCGCUAUGCCAAGAAUAAUUAAGUUAAAAAAAAUAAAUAAAUAAAAAUAAUAACGUUUUGGAUAUGAUAAGAGCUGACUUUGAAUUGGUUUUGUGUUCAUUAAACUGAAAAUUGGGUUAAAAUCAGUGCUGUCAACGUUUUCCAGUUUAACGUCAAAAAUAGCUAUUUAACACAAACUCAGCAUCUGUACAAAAGGCCCUCAAUGAGUCAAGCAUGUAUAUAGUUCAAUGGAAAGUAUUACCUAUUACAUCCAGUAGGUGGCAGCCUAUCCUUAAUUCAAGUUCAGUGCAAGUAUUGCAUCAGCCAGAACUCCGGUGGCAUUAGGAGAAAAUUGCCAGAAUCUUUGUUCAGAUUUGGACUAUUAGCAUUUGGUUCUAGUUGGUGUGCGUCAAUGACGACAUAACCACACCUUCACACCUGUAUACACAAUGCAGUUUGUGUAGUUUGGAAGAAAGAAAUCCCUGUAUGCCAUACCAUGCUGAUUGCUAAUUCUGAAUCCUAAUUACUCCAGUAAAUCUGCAUCAACCAGAUUCUGUCUCCCUGUAGUGAAUGCAACUUACAACCAGUUAACAGAGUCAUUCCUACCUCUUCCUAACAUUGUGGUCCUUCGAUCCGGAUGUGAUUUGCUACAGUGACAGUAUGGUUGAUGAGCAUCAAAGAGGAACUGUUUCAGAGUCUGUAUGACCAAAACACCAGACAUGUCAUCCUGCCUACUUUAAUGAUUUUGAAGUGGAUUAUGGAGGUUAUCAGCAACGUUGUGAACAUCCUCAACCUUUAAGCACAGCACGGUAUGAGCACAGACGAGAACAGGAAUCUAGUGACAACAGAGGAGGUACAUCACAAAGGGCAUGUCAUACUCCACCUAGAGACUCAAACCCCUCAUCUCAGUCGACAUCAUAUCCCUGCCUUCCCAAUCCUUUGCAGCCUCCCAGUAUCGGACUGCUACUAUACCGGAAGCUUCUACUCCCUUCCAUGAGCAGACAUCUAACAUUAUGCCAGGCCCCUACAGCGCACUCAAGGGUCAAAUAAGUGCCAGUGCUCCAACUACCUUGUAUGGAAAAAGUGCCUCACUUGACUUGCAUGCUUCUCCUUCAUAUGUGGUUUCCCCUGAUCCUUAUUCACCAGCAGCUAGGACUCCACAUUAUUCCUUCAGUGGCAUGAGUCAUGGUGCUAAUGACCCUAGUUAUCCACCCCAGCAGCAAGGAGCUCCCAUGACUGAGCCACAGAGUGCUUCGGGCAUGAUGGUACUGAUUGACAAAUUGAUGGGUCAGCUAAAACUUAUGAGAGAUGAAGUUGCGUCGAAGCAUGGUACCCCUAGCAGAUCACCACUCUGUCCUCCGCAAUCUUAUAAAGAGCCACCUCCUGUCCAUUAUGAAUGCCCUGACCCACCAUGGUAUUCACAUUCACCUCAGUAUGCUGCUGACCGAGCUUAUGGGCCAUCUGACAGAUUCCGGAGCAGCUACGAGCCUGCACCUAUAUCAAAGACUGAUAGGUACGAACAUCCAGUGCCACUACCUGUUCAAAGACCGAAGCCUUCGUGGUCAGAGCAGCCUUCCAUUCAGCUAAAGGAGUCAGCUGCAGAAUACUGUGGUCCUAAACCCAGUAUACCUUACUUAGUGCAUAAAGAUCCAAGUGAGUUUGCACAUCUAAAGCUUGCUCUGCAUAAUCUGCUACCUGGGGACGCAUCAGAGAUGUUCAAGUACCAGAUCUUGGUGGAUCAUCUGCAGCUGGAAGAGGCUAGACUGAUUGCAGAUUCUUUCCUCCACUCUCCAUAUCCUUACACUGAGACAAUGGCCGCUUUGACAGAUAAAUUCGGUAAGCCUCAUCAACUUGCAUUGAGUAAGAUUGCUCGAGUCAUGGAUGCACCAGAUGUCCGUCCCUGAAGCCUUCGAACAGUUUGCAUUAAAAAUUCAAGCCCUAGUAGGACUGCUGAAAUCUCUGGGGUCAGAUGGGGAUGCUGAAUCGAGGUGCGGCUCCCACAUAGUUCGCCUACUGACCAAAUUGCCACCUGAUUGAAGAGCUGCUUUCAGGAGACGAAUGCUGCCUAAUCAUGCCUCAAGCUUUACACUUACAGAGUUCUCCAAAUGGUUGCAAGCUGAAUCGUAGUGUCAGACUAGUGAUGUGGUGGAAAACAUUCAGACGAAGGGAUGGCCAAAGCAAAGGGUAGAUAAACACAAAGAGCAAAGGCCAAGACCAGCUACUGUACUGCAUGGAGCAGGCAGCCUCGCCACAAAUACUACUUCCUUUCUAGUCAAACCUGCCAUUUCGCCAGACAGCAAGGUGAAAAGUAAAGCCUAUUGUCCCUACUGUGAGAAUACAGACCAUUUCCUUAGUCAGUGUGUCAACUUUCAGCAGCUCACGACUGAACAAGUGAAACACUGGAUUCAAACAAACAAGCGCUGUUGGAAGUGUGGAAGGUCACAUUUGUCUGCACAGUGCAAUCUGAAGAAACCCUGCAACAAGUGUAAAGGUAAACAUUUGCUUAUACUUCAUGACAUCAAUUUCAAGCCAACCAAAGAUACCGUCCCAGUAUCAGGAUCCAUUGCAGAAACCUUAUAUCUGGACAAGCCUGGAACAGAUAACCGGGUCCUGCUGAAAGUAGUCCGAGUUCUGCUGAGAUGUAAGAACCGCACCUUGGACACUUAUGCUAUCCUUGACGACGGAUCCGAAUGCACCAUCUUGUUAUUUGCCGCAGCCCAGAAACUGAAUCUGAAAGGUGAAGAGGAAGAGCUAUCCAUUAGAACCAUCCAUCAGAAAGUGUCACGACUGCAAGGCUCAAAGGUUUCAUUCAGUAUCUCCCCAGUGGCACAACCACAUAAGACAUACCAUAUCAAGCAAGCCUUUACAGCCGACCACCUGGGAUUAGCUCAACAGUCCUACCCUAUGGAAGCACUCGUAAGCAAGUACAAACACCUGAAGGGCCUUCCUAUCCAGUCUUUUGAGAAAAUUCACCCUCUCCUGCUAAUUGGUGCUGACCAACCUCAUCUAAUCACCCCAAUCGAGCCAGUUGGUUUGGGACCCCCUGGCAGGCCAGCUGCCAUUUAAACGAGACUGGGUUGGACACUACAGGGUCCAGCGAAGCUCCUUCUGAAUCCUCUUCAUCCUCAGCAGGUCCUUUUCACCUCACUGUCAUCCAAGCAAACAGAGCUGAUGAAAAAUGUUGCAAAGUUAUGGGAACUGGACAUUCUUCCCUACCGCAAUGAGAAACUGGUCACCCGCUCCAGAGAGGAUCAGGCGGCCCUUGAAAUCCUGAACAAAGGAACUGUGAGAAUUGACAUAAACUGCAUCCAGAGGUGUGCUACCCCAUUGUUACGUAAAUCCAGCACUGCUUGUCUUAACGCCCCCAAGAAGCAGUAAUGCCACACCUUCGGAAAACUGAACGGCAUCUCUUGAAAGACCCAGAACGAGCAGCAACCUAUUCUGCGGAAAUCAAGAAAUUGGUGGAAGAAGGUUAUGUGGCCAAAAUCGACCCAGACAAAACACCACAGAGUCUUGAGACGUGGUUUAUACCACAUCAUAUGGUCACCCACAAUGACAAAAAUCGACUGGUCUUCAACUGCUCGUUCCAGUACAAGGGAAUGAACUUGAACGAAUCCUUACUACCUGGCCGAGUACUAGGUCCAUCGCUUCUGGGAGUCCUGCUGAGAUUUAGAGAGCAUUCUGUAGCAGUUAGUGGGGAUGUAAAAGGAAUGUUCCAUCAAGUUCGACUUCUGGAACAGGACAGACCUAUCCUGCGAUUUCUCUGGAGAGAUAUGGAACAAGAUAGAGAAGUGGACACCUAUGAAUGGCAGGUGCUUCCAUUUGGCACUACUUGCAGCCCUUGCUGGGCUUCCUUUGCGCUGCACAAGCAUGUUCUUGACAACAUAGAGAUGGGUGAUAUCCUGCGAUUUACAAUUCAGCGGAGCUUCUAUGUUGACAACUGCCUCCCGAGCUUGAACACAACUGAUGAGGCCAGAGGGCUGAUUGACCGUCUCAGAGCACUACUGGCUAGUGGAGGAUUCAACAUCCGACAGUGGGCUUCAAAUCAACCUAGUGUAGUAAGCCAUCUACCUAAGGAAGCUCAGUCGACCAGUACCGAACUGUGGUUGUCACAAAGGGAAACAGAAGUUCCUGAAUCCAUUCUGGGUCUGCACUGGCACUGCCCCACUGACACUCUUAGGUACAAGCACCGCCCCUUAGAGUAUGGACCACCCACCAUGCGUAAUUUAUAUCGGAUCCUUGCCAGUCAGUAUGACCCAUUGGGCUUUAUCCUACCUUAUACAACCAGAGCGAAAAUCUUAAUCCAGAAACUGUGGGGCUAUGUGGAUCCAGACAUGGAUAAUGUCUCCAUAGUAAGAGAAAUACAUGUGUUCUGUGACGCAUCAGAGAAGGUCUAUGGUGCAGUUUCGUACCUCAGAAUGGAGAAUGGUCAAGGCAAGGUACAGUUAGCAUUUCUACUUGCACGCUCCAGAGUUGCGCCCAAGAAACAAUUGUCAGUUCCCAGACUUGAACUCUGUGCCGCACUCUGUGGAGCUCAAUUAGCAGAAUUGCUAAGGAAAGAACUUACAAUUGAGUAUCGCAGAACAGAGUAUUGGUCUGAUUUAACCACAGUACUGAACUGGUUGCAGUCAGAUUCCUGCCAGUUCAAAGUCUAUGUUGGCACCGCGAUCGCAGAGAUACAAGAAACAACAAAUCCACAAGAUUGGAGGUAUGUGGACUCUGCUCAGAAUCCUGCUGAUGACCUAACAAACGGAAAAUCUCUUGAGGAUCUAGCCACCCCAAGCAGAUGGACCAAUGGACCACCCUUCCUUUAAACGCACUCUGAUCACUGGCCCAAAAGUCCUGCAGACAGCUCUCUGGGAGAUGACUCAGAGUUACUAAAGUCAGUGUUCUGUGCCCUAAAUGUAGUAACCUCCAUCUCAGAAAUUCCUAAUGCCAGCCAGUUUGCAAACCACAGAGAAUUACUGGAAGCUACCGCACGAUGGGUUCACGGGGCGGCAAGUGGACAGCCACUAACAGCUGGAGAUUUCCUACAAGCAGAAAUACUCCAGUGGAGAGCAUCUCAGCUGGGUAGUUUCUUUGAUGAUUUCCAAUGCCUGAAACAAGGUAAAUCUCUCCCUUCUAACAGUAAACUGCUCACCUUGAUUCCGGAGCUGGACAAAGAAAUGUAUGUUAUUCGAGUGGGAGGAAGACUUUGACGAGCCGAGGCACUUGACAUAGCAGCUAAGCACCCAAUUGUCCUUGACCCCAGUCAUGCCCUUACCAAGCUUAUCAUUCAAGACUACGAUCAUCAGUUGAAACAUCCAGGCCCAGAGAGAGUCCUGGCUGAAAUCAGAAGGAAGUUUUGGAUUCUGCGUGGCAGAGAGGCCAUCCGCAGUCACCAAUUUCGAUGCACUGAAUGUCGGAAAUGGAGAGCCAAACUAGAAAUCCCACAAAUGUCAGAUUUGCCUGUGGCUCGACUUCAGCUAUUUAAGCCGGUGUUUUACUCCACAGGAAUGGAUUGCUUUGGGCCCUUCUCAAUAAAGAUUGGACGGAUAGUGGAGAAAAGAUGGGGAAUAAUAUGGAAGUGUCUGACAAGCAGAUGUGUCCACCUUGACAUCCUAUCAAGCAUUGACACCAAUUCCUUCCUCAUGGCAUUUAGGAGGUUUGUCGCACGUAGAGGAACUCCCUUCGAGCUUUGGUCGGAUCAAGGGACUUAUUUUAAAGGUGGGGAGAAAGAGUUGCAUGAGGCCUUCAGAAGUAUGUCACCUGAGUUACAACAACAGUUAGCAAGGCAGAAAGUUCACUUUCAUUUCAACCCACCUGGAGCUCCUCAUUUCGGAGGAGCAUGGGAACGUGAGAUACGAUCUGUUAAAUCAGCUCUGUGUGCUUCUGUUGGUCCCCAAUCUGUUACGGAGGAGGUCCUCAGGACAGUAUUAACUGAAGUAGAGGGAAUACUGAACUCCAAGCCUCUUGGAUACCUAUCCUCUGAUGUCUCAGAUAUUGAUCCUGUCACCCUGAAUCACCUUCUUAUGGGGCGGCUCGACGGCUCUCUCCCGCAGGUUGUAUAUCCUAAAAGUGAAAUGAAUCGUUCGGAAACGUUGGCGCCAUAGUCAGAUCUUCACUGACUUAUUCUGGUCUGCAUUCAUCAAGUACUACUUACCAAACCUGCAGACACGAUCUAAAUGGAAGAAAGAUGAAAAGGACAUUGCAGUUGGGGACGUUGUUAUGUUAGUAGAUCCCCAAUUGCCAAGAGCUAUGUGACUGAUCGGAAAGUUCUCCAAGGUCAUGCCAAGUGCAGAUGGGCAUAUCAGAAUGGCAGAAGUGCUACUCAAAGGACGAACCUAUACCAGACCAGUUUCAAGGAUGAUUGUAUCCCUGAUAACGUGGAUACUUCAUAAUUGCGGGCCAUUCAUUAGGGACAAAUUUAGUGCCUAAAUUUGGGGGCGGCUGUACAAAAGGCCCUCAGUGAGUCAAGCAUGUAUAUAGUUCAAUGGAAAGUAUUACCUAUUACGUCCAGUAGCUGGCAGCCUAACCUUAAUUCAAGUUCAGUGCAAGUAUUGCAUCAGCCAGAACUCCGGUGGCCUUAGGAGAAAAUUGUCAGAAUCUUUGUUCAGAUUUGGACUGUCAGCAAUUGGUUCUAGUUGGUGUGCGUCAAUGACGACAUAUGAUCUGACUGGCUCUGGGCUCACUGAGAAUGAGGAGACCACAGCAACAUCCGGGCUAGAUGAGGCAAUAAGGGCAGGUGGAGUGAUGGAGGGUCUCAUCCAUGGCACUAUACCAUUUCCAGGAUGCUGCUGUGUUUCCUCCUUUUUUCCCCACAAAUGCCGCCGUCACCUUGCCUUACAGGCCCUGCGCCACCACAAAAGCUCUGUAGCAAAUGCACAGAAAUCAAGAAUCAGAAAAGUGCUGUAAUAACUCCGUUUGAAAUUACAAUAAUUAAAAUAAACUACAAAUUAAGAUUUUAAUAGAUAUUUCAUUCAUUUCUGUAGUAUACUCACUCAAAGCCUUUGAUGGCAGCAUACCUUCAUCAGCUUCUCUCCACCAGAUAAACACACGUGUGCUCAUCUGUCCUUGUAACAUCCAGACAAGAUUCAAGUUUCCUCUGUGAUUUAUGUGCUCAAAACUACAUUUACAUGUUGAGGUAGUUACUGAUGUGUUAACUCACUUUUUAUCCAACACAAAUGUUCCUUAAUUUAUCAACAGUACUAAUGGACAAGAAAAAUAGAUAACUUAUGUUUAGUUACAGUAGAUUUUUUGACUUGUAGAUUUAUUAAUUUACAUUAUUUACAUUCAUGUAAUGUAAACAGUGUUGACAACAGUGGUUUCUACAUAAUAGCACACAUACAUCAUUCUGAUUAGAUGUCUAUUUCAUCUUGUGAUGUGCUCAUCUGCAAUACUUAUUGAAGAUU